UUUUUUUUGAGUUAUCGUUGAACUAAUUAUUGGAUUCGAAGGUGUCAACUGUCAAAGUAAAGAUAUGUAUUUCUGGUAAACAGUUAGAUUUGUUAAGCAUUUAUAGCAUGAUUCUGUGAAGAUUUAUAAGUUGGGGAUCGUUUUUGUCUAGUUAAAUCUUGUAUCUCACUUUGCUUACACACUUAGCAUAUUGUUCAUGCGGCAUUGUAGAUGAAAGGUCUAAAGGAAGGAUACGGAUUUGAUACAGCAGCCAUCAGUCUCCCUUGCUAUUAAUUCCCAGAAAUUAGAAGGAUAACUUAACAUGUCUCCGAUGGGAGGUUGAAAGAAAGAUAAGGCGAAUGUGAAACAGGAUUUGCCACCCCAACAUAAUUUCGCAAUUUACCGAAAUAGUUUCCCAAGGAUUGCGAUGCAAUUUGCUCCACUGAAACCCAAUCCAGUCUAUCCACUGCCUGCCACAUGUUUGACAAUUUGCCCAAGUGAAUGAAGAUCAACAUAUGCCUCUGGUUGCUAUUUUAUCGCAGAUAACAAACGAUUGGCUUUGAUUGCGCGCAAUUUAAACUACAGACACGAAACAACAUCAUCUCCACGUGUUCCAAUGCCAUCAUUUUCCUCACUCCAAAUUGUUGCUUGAAUCAUUCAAGUUCGAUAGCAUCCAUCACACACAAUGGAGCGUGCACGAAGGCUAGCAAACAAAGCCAUCCUCGGGCGCCUGGUUUCACAAACCAAACAAAACCCAUCAUCCCCUGCGCUCUAUUCGCCUUCAAGGUAUGUCUCCUCUUUGACUCCAUACGUAUGUAGUGGUAGUGGCAGUGGCAGAAACGUUAGAUCAGAAAGAACCAGUAAUGGGUUCGGUUCGCAAGUUCGAUCUAUAUCAGUAGAUGCAUUAAAACCAAGUGACACCUUCCCACGCCGCCAUAACUCCGCCACCCCAGACGAACAAACCAAAAUGGCCGAAUUUGUCGGUUUUCCAAAUCUCGAUUCCCUCAUUGACGCCACUGUACCCAAAUCAAUCCGUCUCGAAUCGAUGAAAUUCCCUAAGUUCGAUGAAGGCUUAACCGAAUCCCAAAUGAUCGCACACAUGCAAGAUUUAGCUUCCAAGAAUAAGAUCUACAAGUCCUUCAUCGGUAUGGGAUACUACAACACAUCUGUUCCUCCAGUCAUUCUAAGAAACAUCAUGGAAAACCCUGGUUGGUAUACACAGUACACUCCAUAUCAGGCGGAAAUUGCUCAGGGACGUUUAGAAUCCCUUCUCAAUUUCCAGACCAUGAUCACCGACCUCACCGGUUUACCCAUGUCAAACGCUUCCCUACUCGAUGAAGGAACUGCAGCUGCUGAAGCUAUGGCGAUGUGUAACAACAUCCAAAAGGGUAAAAAGAAAACCUUUAUCAUCGCAAGUAACUGCCACCCACAAACAAUCGAAAUCUGUAAAACCAGAGCAGAUGGGUUUGAUCUUAAAGUCAUCACUUCUGAUCUCAAGGAUUUCGAUUACUCAUCUGGUGAUGUGUGUGGAGUUCUUGUUCAGUAUCCAGGGACCGAAGGUGAGUUGUUGGACUAUGGUGAGUUCAUCAAGAACGCACAUGCAAACGGUGUGAAAGUAGUCAUGGCUACUGAUUUGUUAGCUCUGACUGUGUUGAAACCUCCUGGUGAGUUUGGAGCCGAUAUUGUUGUGGGUUCUGCUCAAAGAUUCGGUGUCCCAAUGGGUUAUGGAGGUCCACACGCAGCCUUUUUAGCAACUUCCCAGGAAUAUAAAAGAAUGAUGCCCGGAAGAAUCAUCGGUGUCAGUGUGGAUUCUUCCGGAAAGCCGGCUUUACGUAUGGCCAUGCAGACAAGAGAACAGCAUAUUAGAAGAGACAAAGCAACCAGCAACAUCUGCACAGCUCAGGCAUUGCUUGCGAACAUGGCUGCUAUGUUUGGUAUCUACCAUGGACCAGAAGGGUUAAAGACGAUUGCACAGAGAGUUCAUGGUCUUGCUGCAACUUUUGCUGCUGGGUUGAAGAAGCUUGGAACAGUUCAAGUUCAAGAACUUCCCUUUUUUGACACUGUGAAGAUAACAUGUGCUGAUUCAAGUUUAAUAGCUGAAGAAGCUGAUAAACAUCAGAUGAAUCUUCGUAUUGUUGAUAAAAACACUAUCACUGUCUCUUUUGAUGAGACAACAACGAUUGAAGAUGUUGAUAAUUUGUUCAAAGUUUUCGCCUUGGGAAAACCCGUGACAUUCAGUGCCACGUCACUUGCACCAGAGGUUCAGGAUGUUAUCCCUUCCGGACUUGUCAGGGAGACUCCAUAUCUGACUCAUUCGAUUUUCAACACUUACCAUACGGAGCAUGAGCUACUAAGAUACAUUAGUAAGCUUCAGUCAAAGGAUCUGUCAUUAUGCCACAGUAUGAUUCCUCUGGGAUCUUGCACCAUGAAGCUUAAUGCAACUACAGAGAUGAUGCCUGUGACAUGGCCAGCCUUUGCAGAUAUGCAUCCUUUUGCUCCUACACCACAGGCACAGGGGUAUCAGGAAAUGUUCAAGAAUUUGGGUGACUUGUUGUGUACCAUAACCGGAUUUGACUCUUUCUCUUUGCAACCAAAUGCUGGAGCUGCAGGAGAAUAUGCUGGGCUGAUGGUUAUCCGAGCUUAUCAUAUGGCGAGAGGAGAUCAUCAUCGUAAUGUAUGCAUCAUCCCUGUGUCUGCACAUGGAACAAAUCCUGCAAGUGCUGCUAUGUGUGGAAUGAAAAUUAUUACUGUGGGAACUGACUCCAAAGGUAAUAUCAAUAUUGAAGAGGUGCGCAAGGCUGCCGAGGCAAACAAAGAGUAUCUAUCUGCUCUUAUGGUUACCUAUCCUUCUACUCAUGGAGUUUAUGAGGAGGGUAUUGAUGAGAUUUGCAAGAUCAUUCAUGACAAUGGAGGUCAAGUCUACAUGGAUGGAGCUAACAUGAAUGCACAGGUUGGAUUAACAAGUCCAGGGUGGAUUGGGGCUGAUGUUUGUCAUCUAAACCUUCACAAGACAUUUUGCAUUCCACAUGGUGGUGGUGGGCCCGGAAUGGGCCCCAUUGGUGUGAAGAAACACUUGGCACCCUACUUGCCUUCACACCCUGUGGUUGCAACUGGAGGUAUACCAGCCCCUGAACACAGUAAGCCACUUGGCACGAUUUCAGCAGCACCUUGGGGUUCAGCACUUAUCUUGCCUAUAUCAUAUACAUACAUUGCCAUGAUGGGAUCUCAAGGGCUUACAGAUGCAUCCAAGAUAGCUAUCUUGAAUGCAAACUAUAUGGCAAAACGUCUUGAGAGUCACUAUCCCAUUCUUUUCCGUGGUGUGAAUGGAACAGUUGCCCAUGAGUUCAUCGUUGAUUUGAGACCCUUGAAAACAACUGCUGGAAUAGAGCCAGAAGAUGUUGCAAAACGUCUGAUUGAUUACGGGUUUCAUGGUCCAACUAUGUCAUGGCCAGUUCCAGGAACACUCAUGAUUGAACCCACUGAAAGUGAAAGCAAGGCUGAGUUGGACAGGUUUUGUGAUGCUUUGAUCUCCAUUAGACAAGAAAUAGCAGAAAUUGAGAAAGGAACAGUGGACAUCAACAACAAUGUCAUCAAGGGAGCACCUCAUCCACCACAACUACUCAUGGCUGAUAAGUGGACAAAACCAUACUCCAGAGAAUAUGCAGCUUACCCUGCCCCAUGGCUUCGUGCUGCUAAGUUCUGGCCCACUACAUGCCGUGUGGACAAUGUGUAUGGUGAUCGGAACCUGAUCUGCACCCUUCAGCCACCACAGGAGUAUGAAGAGAAAGCUGAAGCUACUGCUUAAGGAAUAAGAAGCUAUACAUGUGAAUGAUGUGAUGUGGUUUUAAGGUUCUUUUUCAGCUUUAUACUUAAAUCUUGUUCUUGUAUAUACUUGUUUCGUAUUUGUAAGCCUUAUAUGGCUGCUGGCUUUUUAUGGUAUUAUUCAUGUAAAAUCAUGGUGACCAGCUGCUCUUAAUUAUAGCAAUUUCUUGUCAUGAUGAUGUAUAGAUUUCACUUGUUGUGAAAGAUACCAUCUUAACCUCUUUUUAUCAUAUUUACAACAAUUUUAGCUAUUUAAUGAUUCGAUCAAACACUCUUUCAACACCACUUUAUCACAAAAAUUAGUACAAUUUUAGCUAUUGAAUGAUUGAAUCAAACACUCUUUUAAAACUUUCAGUUCCUAACAACAUUAAUAAGUUUAAUAUUAUUUA